AUGAUCCCCUCUGGCCUGCGCUCCCCCCCACCGCUGCGCUCCGGCGCACCCUCCCCGCGGCCGACGUUCGACACGGACCUGCUCCGCGCAUAUAUGAAGAAGCUGUUGCAGACGACGCUGCAGACCGCCGCCUGGCCCGAGCCGCGUGAUCGCGAGCGGGUGAAGGCGUGGAUGAAGGAGAUUGGCGAGCGGGUGAAGGAGCGGAUGAUAGAAAUUCAGCCGCGGGGGUUUAAAUACAUCGUGAUGACACAGAUCAACGAGAAUUUAGGACAGGGGGGGCGGUGA